UCCUAGCCCGCCGUACUCGGAGACCUUUCGCAACCUUCAGAUCUGCAAGCAGAAGGCAGGAGGGGCACCUUCAACUGCGCUCCGCACCGGCAGCUUAAUCAUUACAAAGGCAUAGGAGCCACGCGAACUGACGGAAAAGCAGCAUGUCGUUACUGGGGGCCAGCAGGACAGCAGCCCGGUUUGUUAAUUCCAAGAAUGCUGCUUGUUUAUUGAUCGCCACAAGAAAUGCAAGUUCCUCUACGAACCUCAAGGAUGUCUUGGCAGACCUCGUCCCCAAGGAACAGACCAGAAUCAAGAACUUCAAGCAACAGUAUGGCAAAACUUCCAUUGGGCAGAUCACGAUAGAUAUGGUUUAUGGGGGGAUGAGGGGCAUGAAGGGCCUAGUGUAUGAGACAUCAGUCCUUGAUCCUGAUGAGGGAAUCCGCUUCCGUGGCUACAGCAUCCCUGAGUGCCAACAGAUGCUUCCCAAGGCCCAAGGUGGAGAGGAGCCCCUUCCUGAAGGUCUCUUUUGGUUAUUGGCAACUGGGCAGAUCCCCACUCAGGAGCAGGUUAGCUGGGUGUCCAAAGAGUGGGCAAAGAGAGCCGCCCUGCCCUCUCACGUCGUCACCAUGCUGGAUAACUUCCCCAACAACUUACACCCCAUGUCUCAGUUCAGUGCUGCAAUUACUGCCCUCAAUAGCGAGAGCAGCUUUGCCCGGGCCUACGCGGAGGGAGUGAACAAGGCGAAAUACUGGGAGUUCAUUUAUGAGGACUCUAUGGAUUUGAUCGCCAAGCUGCCCUGUGUGGCUGCCAAGAUCUACCGCAAUCUGUACCGUGAGGGUAGUAGCAUAGGGGCCAUUGACUCCAACCUAGACUGGUCAUACAACUUCACCAAUAUGCUGGGCUACACUGAGCCUCAGUUCACAGAGCUAAUGAGGCUGUACCUUACUAUUCACAGUGAUCAUGAGGGAGGAAAUGUCAGCGCACACACCAGCCACCUAGUGGGCAGUGCCCUUUCUGAUCCUUAUCUGUCCUUCAGUGCUGCUAUGAACGGGCUGGCUGGGCCACUGCAUGGAUUGGCCAAUCAGGAGGUGCUGGUGUGGCUCACUCAGCUGCAAAAGGAACUUGGUGGAGAGGUGUCAGACGAGAAACUGAGAGACUACAUCUGGAACACACUGAAGUCGGGUCGGGUGGUUCCAGGGUAUGGCCAUGCGGUCUUGCGCAAGACCGAUCCCCGCUACACCUGCCAGCGGGAGUUUGCUCUUAAGCACCUUCCCAAUGACCCCAUGUUCAAACUGGUGUCCCAACUCUACAAGAUUGUUCCUGAUGUGCUUCUGGAGCAGGGCAAAGCUAAGAACCCCUGGCCCAACGUAGAUGCCCAUAGUGGAGUGCUGCUUCAGUACUAUGGAAUGACUGAGAUGAAUUACUAUACAGUGCUUUUUGGGGUCUCCCGGGCACUCGGGGUCCUAUCGCAGAUGAUCUGGAGCAGAGCCCUGGGCUUCCCCCUGGAGCGGCCCAAGAGUAUGAGCACCGAGGGACUCAUGACGCUGGUGGGCGCCAAGUCAGGUUAACUGCCCAGAAAAGGACAGGACAAGCCUCACCCGAUAUAGUAAUCAAACAAACAGGAAGCCCCAAGCCCUCCCCACCCCAGCUGUGUAAAGUGGCAGUACCCAGGAAAGAGACGAGACCAAGGAACCGCCGUGCCUCCUCGUUUGGUCUUUCUGUAUGUAGAGCGAUGCUGUAAUUUAUUACAUUGGCACGGACAGGGCAAGAGGAAGAGAUGGAUGACGGCUCACCCUGAUUGUGGCGGUCAGGCGAGCGGGAUGACGUCUCUCUUGUCUUUCUCUCUCCCUCCCUCUUGAAGCGGGUGCUGUCUCUUUAGGACAUGCCCACCCACAGCUUUUUGCACUCAUCGUCUCCUUUUUCUUUUUGUUCUUUUUGUCCCGUCAGGCCGACUCUCACACUCGAUCACAGCAGCCUGCAGGGCGUCGUGGGCACCGCGCAAGGAUUUGCUUUCAGUUUUAGUUUCUGUUUCAAGGAAUGCCUUCGAUGAGGUUGUGGAAUCCACCAUUAAGGGAUGAGGGG